AUGUCACGGCUACCACCACUCGGGCGAACAGUCGCCCUCGCCGCCCUCUCCUGCGCCCUCAUCGCAACAGCAGCGUCCGCUUCGCCGACCCUGUUCGCAGGCCCAGCAACCGCUCCUCUCGUCGCAGCGACAGCGGGACACGGUGCGAGCGCUGCUCUACCACCACCUGGGCCACCAGGAUCAGGAGACGGACCUGUGCGGGCGUUUGAUGGCUACCCUCGACUGGCAAACGCAGUGGGCUGGGCAUCGAUUGCGAGCUGGAUCCUAGUGUACACCGACCCCAUCGUGUUGUGCAUCCGCGAACAAAGCGGUGAAUCGCUGUCGCUGCUGUUCCUCGCCAUCUGGUUGACCGGCGACAUCACCAACUUCCUCGGUUCGAUCUGGCAAGGCCUGAUCCCGACCGUCAUCAUCCUCGCCCUCUACUACACCGUCUGUGACGUCAUCCUCAUCUUCCAAGUCUUCUACUACCGCCGCAAGCGAAGACUGCACCCGGAGCUGUACGAGCCACUCGCGACGUCGGACGGCCUGAACGGCAACGGCGUCGCCGCGCUUCCCACUCCCGCCUCGGAGCAGACUCCCCUCCUCUCCGCCUUCUCCGCACACGCACCAACCGAACCCGCGUUCCCGCCUGCAGUCCAGCGCGCGAGGGACUUGCUCUUCUAUGGAGCGGGAAUCGCUAUCAUCGUCUCGGCUGGUGUGAUUGCGUGGUUUGCGGGGAAGAACAAGAACAAGGAGGGACGGGUCGUCGAGGAGUGGGACACCUCGGCGCAGAUUGUCGGCUGGGUCAGCGCGUUCCUCUAUCUCGGCUCGCGUCUUCCCCAGCUCGCCCUCAAUCGCAAGACGAAAUGCGUCGGCCUCAGUAUCUUUAUGUUCCUCCUCGCCGUCGCGGGCAACAGCACCUACGUCGCCUCGAUCCUCCUGACCAGUAUGUCGCCGCAACACCUCCUCAUCAACGCUCCCUGGCUCGUCGGGAGCGGCGGAACCAUCUUCCUCGACUUUAUCGUCCUCGGCCAGUUUGCGUACUACGCCAAGGAGCGCCGGUUGGAGGCGGAGGCGGCGAAGAAUGGCGUGUUUGCGGCGGACGACGAUGCGCUUGCUCGGAGGGAGGUCUUUGAGGACGACGAGGAGGAGGCAUGA